CAUGAGUAAUAGAAAAUGAAUUUUGAUUUUGAUGUUAUUUCCUUUUACAUGGGUCUUCCUUCAGCAUUGACCAAAAGUGUGGGUUUAAGGACGGAUGGGAGAGUUGAUGAUCGAUCAUUCUGGAUCAACUAUGUAUCUUCCCUUUCUACUCCGUUGGCAAUCCCAUUGGUUUAUCCCAGGAUGAUUUCUGUUCAUGACCUUGAUGUGAAGGACAAUGAAGGAGCGGUCCUUCCUCCUCCAAUCCCAUUGUCAAGUGAACACAUUAGCAAUGAGGGAGUCUAUUUUCUUGAGAAUGGUGAAGAUGGUCUACUAUAUGUUGGCGAAUCUGUGGACUCUGAUAUUCUGCAGAAACUUUUUGCUGUUCCUUCAGCUGCUGAAAUUCCUAACCAGUAUGUGCUGCAACAGUAUGAUAAUCAGUUAUCAAAGAAGUUAAAUGAUGCGGUGAAUGAAAUAAGGAGGCAAAGAUGUUCUUACUUAAGAAUAAAAUUGUGCAAGAAGGGAGAUCCAUCAGGAAUGUUGUUUCUGUCGUAUAUGGUAGAGGACAGGACAGCAAGCGGCCCGUCGUAUGUGGAGUUCCUUGUGCAAGUUCAUCGCCAAAUCCAGCUCAAAAUGAACUGAUCCUCUGAUUUCUAGGAGUCCGUUACAAAAGUUUCUCUUAAUGUCUCCUCCCAUCUGUGUCAUGUUUUGAAUUUACGGUAGAAAUACAUGCAGAAGGUGAAAGGGCAUCGUUCUUAUGGCUGCUUGAGAAGUUUUCUUCUUUGGUUGAAAGGGAAAAGAGAGCAUAGACUACUUCAAGUUGAGAAGAUUCACUUCAUUUCAAAGGUGUACUUAGAUAAUAGUCUCCACUCUUUUCCUCCCUAUAAAGAUACCAAAGAGUCUUUUAGCUUUAGCUAAUCCAUUUUGUAUGGUUACUUUUUUUUCAUGUGUUUUGUGAGUUCGAACUAAAAAUUUCCUUUCAAAUAUUUUUCUUUUGUUGGAUGUUGCCAAAGGGACAGAUAAAACUUUUCGAUGUAUAAUGCAGUGUAAAAUAUGAAAUAAUUGUUGUUUUU